GAGAGAGAGAGAGAGAGAGAGAGAACGCAAAUCUUCCCUUCAAGCUGGUCCGAGGUUUCUGCGUUUUUGUCUGUCAAAAUCCAAGCAAGCAGAGCCCUUCCCUUCCCUGCGCUUCCUCGUCACUCGUCAGUCUGCGAUUGAGGCGAGAAAUGAGCCAGGCGGAAGCGGAGUACUUCUCCAAGGACUUCGACUGGGACGACCUCCGAAACGACGUCGAAUCCGACCCUUCCCUCCGUCACCACCUGCUCCCGUUCCCGCCGCCCGCCGCGGCGCCGGCUCCUCCUCCGCCGCCAGACGUCGCCGCCGCCUGGGGCGGCUUCCACGCCCGCCACCACACCGGCAAGUUCUUCAAGGAGAGGAGGUACUUGUUGAAGGAGUUUCCCGAGCUCGUUUCCCGCGAGAAAGAGAAUCCGAGGGUUUUGGAGGUGGGAUGCGGCAAUGGCAGCACGGUUCUUCCCAUUUUGCGUGGGAAUGAGGAUGUCGUCGUGUAUGCUUGUGAUUGUAGCGGCGAAGCUCUUGAGUACGUGAAGGAGAUGCUCGACGCGUCGAAUGUGGCCUCGAUCGAGCGUCGCUUUUAUCCGUUCCUUUGUGACUUCGCUCUCCAUGGUUUCCCAAUGUGGUUGGCUUGCGGUCCCUGUCGAGAGACUUCUCUGCACCAGCAUUGUUGCUCUUCAGGUUUUGGUGAAGAGAAAGUUGAAUUGCCCUUGAGGGGUUUAGAUAUGUCCAAAGAUAGCUCUUGUCUCGGAGGUGUGGACUUCAUUACCUUGAUAUUCACUCUAUCCGCCAUACCAUUUCAAAUGAUGCCAAAGGCCCUUGCUGAGUGCUUCUGUGUUCUAAAGCCUGGUGGAUUGCUAUUAUUCAGAGACUAUGGCCUUUAUGACAUGACUAUGCUUCGAUUUGAAUCGGGAAAACGAGUGGGGUUCCGAGAGUACAUGAGAUCAGAUGCAACUCGAUCUUACUUUUUCUCCUUAGAGAUUGUUCGGGACCUUUUCAUUUGUGCAGGCUUCAUUGAGCUUGAGCUUGAGUACUGUUGUAUUAAGUCACUGUAUCGACGAAGUGGGAAGAGCAUGUGCAGAGUGUGGGUCCAUGGAAAGUUUCAGAAGCCUGAGUAAUCUUCAGUCUGGGGACUGAAA